AUGAAAUCACUGAGUAUGUUGAAACUGCUGCAGAAACCUCUAAAGGUGGUGCGGGAAAUAAAUCAACUACCACUCAGACUAGACCUGUUAAGGAUGAUGGCUCAACCAGAGGCUAAACCAUCAAGAGCAUCACAGAGCGGUGAAAAGGAAGCUAAAGAAUCAACCGAAUACCCAUCUUUUGUCUCUAUAUUACUCAAGCAGGUCUUCCCAAAACUUCCAGAUUACAACCAAAAUCUAUUUAGGUUCCAUUGGUUGAAAUGCAACCAGCUAAACUGGGAUCAACUUAACCUAGCGAAUAUGCUGGCAGUUCAAAUGCUUGCAAAGAAGGUUCUCUGUGGCCAUGUGUGUGCUUCUAUGAUUUCAUGUUGUCUAAACUUUGAGCUCCCUCCUCAACUGAAGCUUCUGACAUCUACCUGUGCCUGUGUCAAGGGAGUCAGGAAUUGGGCCAAGGUGCAGUAUGUAGGGUUGAAGGCGCCAGUGUGUGCACCCAACUUUUUGUGGAGGGAAAUUGCAAAAUUUCUGAUUUUGCCUGGGCACCCCAAAGUGCACGCACUGGCGCCAUCAGCCCUAGCAACUUGA